AAAAAAAAAAAAAAAACAAACCCACAAAAAAGUGUGUAUUUAAUAACAGAAAAUUUCUUAGAGUUAAGAAGAACAAAGUUUCUCAGUCGUUAUAAAUAUUUAUGUUUUUAAAAGUAUUUUAUAAUAUUAUCAAUUUAACAAGUCGAAGAACUCUUGCUAUGGAAGUUUCAACCAAUAAAACUAUUAAAGAAGGUCCAGCUGUAAUAAGUUUAGUGGCUGAGAAGGUGUUUUACAAUCCUGUACAGGAAUUUAACAGAGAUCUCAGUAUACUUGUACUGAAUGUUUUCUCCAAAGACUACAAAGCUGAGAAAAAUGCUCAAGCACAGAAGAAAGCACAAAACAAAAGUAUAGAUUCUACAAUUGAAUUUGCUGAAAAAAAUGAGGUAGAAUUCACAUUACUUGAAGCUUUAUCUGCUACUGGAUUAAGAAGUAUCCGAUAUGCAAAGGAAGUAGCUGAUAUCACGAAAAUUGUUGCCAAUGACAUAUCCAUGCAGGCUGUACAAACCAUGAAGGUUAACUUUGAACAGAAUCAAGUCAGUCACAUGGUUGAGGUUAGCCAUGAUGAUGCAUGCAUGCUUAUGUACAAACAUAAGCAUCCUUCUGAACGAUUCUCAGCUAUUGACUUGGAUCCUUAUGGGUGUCCAUCUAUAUUCCUGGAUGCAGCUGUACAAAGUGUACAGGAUGGGGGCCUGCUAUUGGUCACUGCCACUGACAUGGCAGUGUUAGCAGGAAAUUCUCCAGAAACAUGUUACAGCAAAUAUGGUGCUAUCAGUUUGAAAACUAAAUGCUGCCAUGAAAUGGCCUUAAGGAUACUUUUGCAGUGCAUAGAGAAACAUGCCAAUAGAUAUAGUCGGUACAUAGUACCUCUGCUGAGCAUAUCAGCAGAUUUCUACAUUCGUAUAUUUGUCAAAAUAUAUACAGGUGCUAUACAUUGCAAGAAAACUACUAGCAAGUUAGCCAUGGUAUACCAAUGUGUGGGAUGCGACAAUAUGACAUUGCAGCCAUUGGGUGGAUUCAAAUCGAACCCGACCGAGAAGAAUCCCAAUCAAAUGAAGGGGUUUUUGCCGACCGGGCCGGUGGUGGGUGAACACUGUGUCAACUGUAACCAGAAGCAUCAUCUAGGUGGCCCAAUCUGGACGGCGCCCAUCCACGAGCCAGUGUUUGUAUCCAGAGUGCUCGCUGAACUGUCGUCGGAGCGGCACUGCCUCGGCACCCGCGACAGAAUCGAGGGCGUGUUGUCUAUGGUGCGGGAGGAACUGCACGACGUGCCGCUCUACUACUCUAUGGACAGGCUAGUCGGCCGCGUGCACUUGGAGACUAUGCCCAUGUUACUUAUGAGGUCUGCUAUUUUAAACGCUGGCUAUAAGGUCUCUUAUUCGCACGCGUCAAAAAUGUCUAUCAAAACAACUGCGCCGGCGCAAUUCAUAUGGGACAUUGUUAGGACGUGGGAGAGGACGCAUCCAGUUAAACCUGCCAGAUUGGAAGCGGACCCGGUGGCGCGGCACAUACUGUCGCGCGCGGUGGCCUCGCCGGUGGAGCUCAGCUGCAGGGCGGACGCCAACCCCGAGAGCCGCCGCUGCGGCGCGCUGCGGUUCCAGUACAACCCGGCGCCGCACUGGGGGCCCGGCGCCAGAGCUAUACUCAAUAUUGGAGAAGAGAAAAUGUCAAAAGCGUUACGCAAUCAAAAUAAGAAUUUGAAAAAGAAAAGCCAGAAGCGGCAACAUUCAGAAGGCGAAAAUGAAGUACGAAAAAAAAUUACUUUAGAGCAACAGUUGACAAACGAUAAUGGUUGUAAUUAA